GUUGUGAUCAGAUUACUGAUGGUGCUGACUUGGAACUGUGCACUUGGGUCAAUGCUUUGGUCUGCCAUAGAUGUCUAGCUGAGACCAGCUUGUAUGUAGUGUCUGAGAUGUCACAAAGAGACGAGGCAUAGAUCAAAAGUGCUUCCCAGAAGGCAUGGUGUGGCACCAGAAGCAUUCCCGUGUCCUGCAUGAAAGGGAGCAACUCUCAGCAGAGAUUGAAACUUUUUGGAUGGUUCUUCCUCAAUCAGAUUUUGUAGCAGCAUGGAAGAAGCUCUCUAUCCUUUGAAUGAAGAAGAAAAAACAGGUGAAACCAUGAAGACGAUUAUUGAGCUAAAGACACCACCCUUGCCUGUGGAUUACCCCUUAGAAAAUGAGGACAGCAAAUCUACUGAAGACAGGGAAUCUUUUAACAAGGACAACACCAAUCUUAGAUGGGUGAGGUGGAACGGGAGUCUUCCACAAGGAGCCAUAUCUUUCCCUAAUCCAAAAUGCUCUCGGGUAGACUAUGUGAGCAAAUUUAUGAAUAAUGCAGGGUUUUAUACACCAAGCAAAGGUUCCCAUUGUUACUAUAGUAUGUCAGACAAAGAAGAGAGGUCUGACACUUUUGACAUUCUAGUAAAUAAAGAUUACUUUGAACCUUUAGUAUGGAAAAGUGGACGCUUUGGAUCAGUGCCAGCAAAUUCUGUUAAAUCUUGCGCGUUAGCAGGUGUUCUUGUUGGUAGGACUUCUCAUGGAUUGGGAAAAGUGGUUCCCCAACACAAAGCAUGUUUUUGCCCUUAUGAAGGGAAGGAAUACUGCCACAAUUUUUAUGAUGUACUCACCAUUAGUGAAGAAAAUUAUUUUCAGCAAAUUUUUGACAUCAUCUACAAAACAGAACAACAGACAGUGGUGAGGCAGUCAAACAAAAUUCUGGGUAACACCACAAUCGAUAACCUUCAUGAUCACUGUGUGCAAACAUCUCUUCAAAUACAUAUUUGUUUCGCUAUGGAGAAGUGCUGGGAUAUUGGCCGCUCUACUGCUGCUGGGGUAAAAACCCAAAUAACUGCACCUGUACCCCAUUUUGAUAAGAAACACAUUACCUUAGGAGCGAAAAAAACCUUUCAGUGCAACAAGGGAACCAUGCUCUCAGAAGAGAAAACUCAUGAAAUGCACCAAACUCUUAAUAUUAAUAUUCCAGCUAGAAGCAAAUGCACGGUACAAAUUCAAGGUGAAAUCAUAAAUGCCUGCCUACCCUUCACAGCGAAGUUAAAGCGCAAGUACAAGAGUGGCCCGAGACAGACGUCCAUUGAAGGUGUGUUCAAAACAGCAUCAUAUGAAGGCUUCAAAGCCAUUGUGGGUCAGUUUCAGUCUACUGAAACAUAGGCCACUAAAAACAAGAAAGAAGAUGAAGCUAAGACAAAUUCUGCACCUCAAGCAUCAUUGAUUACGAUAUGAUUUUCUUACAUUUUUUGGGCCUUACCUGAGGUGUUCUCAGAAUCUCAUCUGUGCAUUGUUAGUGUUUUUCUAAACCAGAGAUUCUAAAAUUGACUUUAGAUGUUAUUCAGAACGUAUUGUUAAAAAUGUGGACUUAAUAUACUCUCUUUUACAUUUUAUUUAUCGCAGGCACUGCCAUUUUUGGAGCAUUUUUUGCCACGUAGCCAGGUGGUCAACCCACAAGCAUGCAAUCGGUGACAACAAACAGUUUGUAUUCUUCCAAGUAUAUAGAGAAAUUACAAAAUGUUUAUUGUAUGUUUGUUUAGUGUUGUAAAAUGACUUAUGGUCUAUGCAUUUUCAACAACAAAGACUUUGAUUUUUGGCCUGACAACAGUGUAUACUUGUCUUCUCGAUUAUGAAUCGUUGCUUUGUCUUUUGACUUGCACCUAUUCUUCUGGUCCUUUAUCUAAAAACUUUCUGUCAUUUUUCCAUUACAGAACAGACUGUCAUUUUUGAAAGAAAUGUCAAGUUUACAGAGGAGAAAAAUAAUAAUAAUAAUAAUAAUGUGGGCAUUCCUAAUGCCUGUUUCUCACUGUCCAACAACUACACACUAACUAUACUUAAAAUGUGUGUGUGUUUUAUUGUUAUGUAUUUUCUGUUAUGUCUACAAUUACUUUUGCUUUAAAUGUGGUUAUGUUCCAUGCUCUUUGUGUAUUGGGACUCGUUUGUAGUGGAUUGCCUUAUUAGGUAUACUUUUUACUUCUUUUUGAGCCUUUUUGGCAUUUUUUGCUAUUCUAAUAAAUUGUUUCUUUAUUUAUAAAAAGUCUUUGUUUAGUUGGUCUCUUCAGCCAAAUUAUUUUUUUUGUAGAUUCUUUUCUUUGGGAGG